AUGGAGAUUCGAAGGAGAAAGAUUAUUCGCCGAUAUGUGUACGGUGGCAUGCGGACAACAUGCAAGCGUAACGAUACUCAAGAGCAAGACGAAUUGUACCACCCACGGUAUGUGUUGCCCAGGGAUUCCGAGGAGCUGGACUCGCCGACAUACCGCAUGAUCGAGACAAGGGAGCCCUUGAGCUCAAGGAGGAGCUUGAGUAACCUGUGGAGGCUGCGAUCAUCGCCAACUCGGAGUCAACCGUUCAGAAUGUACUUGCCAUUCAUGAGACAGGCGACAGUGUCCGAAGAGGACAUGGACAUCACUGAGCGGGAGCCAAGAGGCCGCCGGGCAUCUCCACGUUUGUUUGUGGUAGAUUCUCCUGGCGAGAUACGACAUGUUUGGCCCCGGAGUGAGAGAACGCGGUCGCCCUCCCCACGGAUUCGCUCCAUUUCUCCACGGUCAAGAUCUCUCAGCUUCCACAGAGACACAGCGAUAACCAUGGAAGAUGCAAGAGAGCCGCGUUCAUUAGAGCGACCAAAAGGUCCUAGACCGCCACGGGAGCGGACACCGGUUGUUGAGCGUGAGCCAAUCCGGCGGAAACCACGCCAAAGCCCAGCGCGGACCGCGGAGGUUCGCCAGUCUCCAAACCGCAGUAGGGAGCGCAGCAGGAGCUCGGGUCGACAAGUUCGCUUUUCACAGGAGGUCGAGUAUGAAGAAAGUAGAAACCGACCGCGUGGGCGACAUGGGAUUCGCCAGCCCGACAGUCGUGAAGUUCAAGGGCAAAUACGCCGUGAUAUUUUCGGUCGAACAACGGCGGCCACCUCCGAUAUCAGUGACAGGGCGAGUCUUCGGUCAUUAUCGCCAAGCAGGACAGCAUACUGGAGAGCCAGGUCUCCAUGGCCUAGCCGACUAGCAGAUACCGACAGAGCAAAUAAACAUAGCAGCCGUAGAUCAGAGAACGUUCGACCGCGCGCGAGAAUCAUCCGGGACGGAAACCGUGAACUUUCAGAAGCAGAGGAGCGCAUUCAUGCCGCGGCUCGGAGACGAGGAAGCCGGGGAAACUUUCUUUACAACUUUGUGACACACUCUCGUUCGCGGCAGAAGCGUCGAGCAAACCAUGCCCGGGGGUUCAUCUCUGAAGAUGAAAUUACGCUCCGCCGAAGACGGUUUCGACGAUAUAGCUGUCGCUGCUGA